CGUCACACGGGCAGCGUCUGGUGCCGGCGAGCGGCGGCCGCGGCCUGAGGGGCGGGUGGGCCCGGCCUUUCACGAGCUCCGCGAGGUAAAACAAGCGCGGAUUCCAUGUCUUUCCUUGUAAGUAAACCCGAACGGAUUAGGAGGUGGGUGUCUGAGAAGUUUAUCGUUGAGGGCUUAAGAGAGUUUGAACUGUUUGGAGAGCAGCCUCCGGGUGACUCUAGGAGAAAAACAAAUGAGGCGAGCUCCGAGUCGAUAGCUUCUUCCCCCAAAAGGGACACCAUGAGCAGCUUCCUACCUGACAGCAGCUGCUAUGAGUUGCUCACCAUCAUAGGCAGAGGCUUUGAAGACUUGAUGGUUGUGAACCUGGCCAGGUACAAACCCACAGGAGAGUAUGUGACAGUCAGGAGAGUGAACCUGGAGGCCUGUACCAAUGAGAUGGUUACCUUCCUGCAGGGGGAACUUCAUGUUUCCAAGCUCUUCAACCACCCAAACAUUGUGCCAUACAAAGCAACUUUCAUAGCUGACAACGAGCUGUGGGUAGUGACAUCCUUCAUGGCCUAUGGUUCUGCAAAAGAUUUGAUCUGCACCCAUUUCAUGGACGGGAUGAGCGAGCUGGCCAUUGCUUACAUCCUGCAGGGGGUACUGAAAGCACUUGAUUACAUCCACCACAUGGGCUAUGUUCACAGGAGUGUUAAAGCCAGCCACAUCCUGAUCUCUGUGGAUGGGAAGGUGUACCUCUCUGGCCUGAGGAGCAACCUCAGUAUGAUCAACCACGGGCAGCGACUCAAAGUGGUUCAUGACUUUCCCAAAUACAGCAUCAAAGUCCUGCCUUGGCUCAGUCCUGAAGUCUUGCAGCAGAAUCUCCAGGGUUAUGAUGCAAAAUCGGACAUUUACAGCGUGGGGAUAACAGCCUGUGAGCUGGCAAAUGGACAUGUACCAUUUAAAGACAUGCCUUCCACCCAGAUGCUCUUGGAAAAGCUGAAUGGAACUGUUCCCUGCCUGUUAGACACCACCACAAUUCCUGCUGAUGAGCUGACUAUGAAAACCUCCCGUUCAAGUGCUAAUUAUGGGAUGAGUGAGAGCAUGGCUGUGAGCAACGUGAGAACAGCCAACGGGGAGCCAGCCCUGCACCCUUAUCUUCGGACCUUCUCCACCUACUUCCAUAAUUUCGUAGAGCAGUGCCUCCAGAGGAACCCUGACUUCAGGCCAAGUGCAGGCACUCUGCUUAAUCAUCCCUUUUUCAAGCAGAUCAAGCGCCGCGCUUCCGAAGCGCUCCCGGAACUCCUUCGCCCCGUCACCCCCAUCACCAAUUUUGAAGGAACACAGCCCCAGGAUCCCAGUGGCAUUUUUGGGCUGGUGUCAAACCUGGAGCAGCUGGAUGUGGAUGACUGGGAAUUCUAGAAAAACAAAGACUAUACCUGGUUCCGGAGGAGCUUUCUGGACAUUGUAAUUUAUUGGUCCUGUUCGUAAAAGGUGGUGAAUGUUACACAGAGAGUUUACAGGUCCUGGGGAAGGAUUUUCAGCUGCCUGUUUACUUCAGAAGUAGCCUGGAAACAAAUGGUCAGACCUGAGCUGGGAAAGGAUCAACCCCAAGGAAAUGUGGGAUAUUCCAGAUGGUACAAUGGCCUGGCCAGAGCCCCAGUUCUUGCAGCACAGCACUGGUAGAUCACUCAGAUGGGUUGAGUGAGUCUCUUUAGUCUCUCUCACUGGCUUCCUCCUCUCACAGCUGAAGGCUGCAAGGCCCUGCCCUCCUGGGUUCUUUCUUGUAAGGGUGCCUUAGAGUUAAGGGCAGGCAGCAGCUUUAGUUCUGGCAUUCUCUUGAGCUGGUCUCCUGCCACAGGGCUGCCCCGGGUGCCUUCUGAGGCUGGAGGCAAAGAUGGCUUAUGUGCUGAAAUGUAGUCCCUGCUUUGUGCUAGAAAAUGGGAGGUCAGAGACAACCUGGCUCUGUCCCAGGCAACUGGUGCAUUGGGCAUCCCUCUGAGCACUGGAGGACAGAACUUUUGAAGGGGUUUCUCUGACUGAUGCUGAGCACCCUGAGCUCCAGGGCAGACAGGGGCUUCCAGUCUCUCCUCCACAGCUGCCUGGGUCAGCAGCUCCUUUAUCCCCAGGCACAGCUGAGCUCCUGUUAGCUGGGCAGCUUUCACACCAUUUAACACACCAGCGUGUUCUCAGCAACUUGCAGAGAAAAAGUCAGUUGACUUUCAUGCUGAUGACUUCUUUGAACAUCAUGUACAGAAUUGACCUCAAGCCUUUCCUUCCCAUUGCUGUUCUGCUUUCCCUGACAGGGAAAAGCUUCCUCCUCACGUGGCUCCCUAAUUCCUGGCUGUGUGGCUGCCCUGCUGCUGUGGCAGCCCUCCCAGUUCCAUGGUAGUUGGUUUUUGGAGGUGUAUUUAAGGCUUUUAGUUGGACCUUUUCAAGGACUGGGGGUGCUGGAGCUGUUUCUACUCUCCAGUGAAGCAGUAAAUCCAGCCCUGUAGGUGUGGCUGAUGGGAGUAGUGGUGCUGGCAACAGGUCCUCCCUUGUGUUUUUAAACUACUUGAACCCAGAUCAAGUUUGUUACUCUAGCUUGUUGUUUUGUUUUGUUUUUUGCCACAACAAAUAAAAUAUUUCUGAAGUUGUUUUUUUUAA